GCCGAACAUCAACCACCGUUCGGAAAAAAAUCAAUCGCCGGCGAUCGAAAACGACGGCUCCCCCAACAGGGGACAUUCUCUCUUCUUCAAGCAAACUCUCUCUUCUGUUAUUUAUUACACUGCUAGACAUCACACCAAAGUCAUCCUCUUCUUCUUCUUCUUCCUUCAACAUCUCUCUGUAAUUUCAUUUCCCCUUUCUGAGAUCCUCGACAAAAAUGGUGGAUCCAGGUCCAAUUACGCCGGGUCAGGUAUCUUUUCUGCUUGGAGUGAUCCCAAUAUUUAUCGGUUGGAUAUACUCGGAGCUACUUGAGUACAGGAGGAAGUAUCUCGUUCCCUUUAAACCUCACUCGGAUAAUAAUCUGGUUGAGUUGGGAGGCGUAGCAGAGAAAGACGAUGACAAAGCUGAUUUAUUGGAGGGAGGAGGUCUUGCUCGUUCUGCAUCUCUAAGGUUUCAUAACUCAUCCAUCAGAACUAACAUAGUCAGGUUUUUGAGUAUGGAAGAUUCGUUUUUGCUGGAACACCGAGCAACCUUGAGAGCAAUGUCGGAGUUUGGUGCAAUCUUAAUAUAUUUCUAUAUCUGUGACCGCACGGAGUUGCUUGGAGAUUCAACCAAGAAUUACAACCGUGACCUUUUCAUUUUUCUCUACGUUCUUCUCAUCAUAGUCUCAGCCAUGACAUCUCUUAGAAAGCACAAUGACAAGUCACCCAUUAGUGGAAAAUCCAUUCUCUACCUUAAUCGCCACCAAACCGAAGAGUGGAAAGGAUGGAUGCAGGUUUUGUUCUUAAUGUAUCACUAUUUUGCCGCGGCUGAGAUAUACAACGCAAUCCGUAUCUUUAUUGCUGCUUAUGUCUGGAUGACUGGUUUUGGAAACUUCUCCUACUACUACAUCAGAAAAGAUUUCUCCCUCGCACGUUUUGCGCAGAUGAUGUGGAGGCUGAACUUCUUUGUAGUGUUUUGCUGUAUUGUUCUCAACAACGACUAUAUGUUGUAUUACAUCUGUCCAAUGCACACUCUCUUUACAUUAAUGGUGUACGGAGCGCUGGGUAUCUUCAGCAAAUACAAUGAAGUUGGAUCAGUGAUGGCUCUGAAGAUAUUUUCAUGUUUCCUAGUUGUCUUUCUGAUGUGGGAAAUUCCUGGAGCUUUUGAAAUAUUCUGGAGUCCAUUAACAUUCUUGCUAGGUUACAGUGACCCUGCUAAGCCUGAUCUUCAUCGGUUACAUGAAUGGCACUUCAGAUCAGGGCUUGAUCGCUAUAUAUGGAUCAUUGGCAUGAUUUAUGCUUAUUUCCAUCCAACUGUGGAGAGAUGGAUGGAGAAGUUGGAGGAUUGUGAAACGAAGAAAAGACUAUCUAUCAAGACAGCCAUUGUUACUAUUGCCUUGCUUGUUGGCUACGUGUGGUAUGAAUGUAUCUACAAGCUGGACAAGACCAGUUACAACAUGUAUCACCCAUACACAUCUUGGAUCCCUAUAACUGUUUACAUAUGCCUCAGGAAUUUCACACACCAGCUUCGGAGUGUCUCAUUGACUCUCUUCGCGUGGCUUGGCAAGAUCACUUUAGAGACUUACAUUUCCCAAUUUCAUAUAUGGCUAAGAUCAAACAUGCCUGAUGGGCAACCAAAGUGGCUUCUCUCUAUUAUUCCAGGAUACCCUAUGCUCAAUUUUAUGCUCACAACUGCAGUAUACGUCCUUGUAUCUCACCGUCUCUUUGAACUAACCAACACACUCAAGACCGUUUUUGUACCCACAAAAGACAACAAACGUCUCUUCUGUAACUUCAUAGCUGGAAUCGCCAUUGCUCUUCCUCUCUAUUGCUUCUCAUUCGUUCUUCUUCAAAUUCAUCGCUAAAACCAGCAUAAAGAUGUGUAGUUCUUUCUGUUUCUUCGUCAGGAUCUCACUAAAGCAGAGCAAAAUAAGAUACAAUACAAGUUAGAUUUGUGGAUCAUUCUCUUGUGCAUAUUCAGCUUCGUUCAACAAAGCCUAGACCUGAUCUCAGAAACCAAGACUGCUUUGCUCUAGUGCCAUACGAUAUGGAAGCAACUGUUUUCAGUUUAAAUUUCCCCCCUUUUAUAUAGAUUUCUUUAUACUUUGUUCUGUAAGCAUUAAGCAAAAUCUUGGUGGUUCGUCCAAAAAUGUAUAGUGAUUUUGAAGUAUUAAUCAAACUGCAAAAAAAGGAAGGGUGAUAGUUGCU